CGGUGAGAAGCUGGUCGACACGUGGGUGCCGAUUGGAAAGGUCGCGGUGAAAAUACCAAGCCAACGACUGCCACCUCAGCUGCCGCAUGCUCGUCUUGCAACGCCAACCCCUGUACCCACAGGUCGGAAUGCUGGCUCCGUAUUACUCCUUGUGAUCGGUGGAUUUCCAGCAGCUCUCUGUAGACGCAAACUCGGCUAUAAGGUCCUACGGGAUAUCCGUUAAAAGGGUUGGAACGAUGCAGAGGAUGAUCCCUGUGCAGGGAUGACACGCAUGAAUCAAGAAAUGGUCCAAAAUCGGUGAAGUGCCAGGGCUAGUACGUAAUAAAGCACUGAGCUCAACUCUGUUCCAAGAGCUGCAUUCUUUUUUUUUGUCUGUUUUUUGCGGUAGCUGCAUUGUCUUCUCACCAUCCAUCUCUAACGAGUAUAUCAAUCUGGUCGUCAGGGUCAUACAGAGAAUGACUCUGGAGUCUGGAGUCUUUUUCUUCUGCUAAAGGCUGACUAGCUAUGCAUGCUCUCAUUCUGUAGAUUAGUAGACCAAAAAAAAAACAAAAAAAAGAGUCUGUAGACGAGAUACGCACGACUCCUGUCAGUCGUUUGUUUAGGUUGGUGAUUGAGAUUACAACCACGAACGUACAUUCGAAUAACCGGUCCUGCUGUCAUGACUGAGGGCUGUCAUGGGCUUGAACCUCCCUCUUUCAACACACGUGCAAAAUCUUGAUGACAUCAGCAGAGUGCGAAACCAAAGCCGAAGCUGGUCGGAGAUUGUAGAGAGUGUUUCAAAAGUAGAAAGUGCUGUUCUCAUCGAAGUAGGCGCUUAGUUCGUAAUCAAUCAAUGAUGAUUGGGGUCAUUAAUAAGCUCCACAGGUCACCGGACGACCUUCUCGUCUUAGCGCAGCCACGUGGCUGUAUUUGCGGUCCGAUUCAUCAGCGGAUGUCUUUCUUUAACGAGUAUGUGUGAAGCUGCCUUGAUCUCUUAAUUGCUAUUGCGAUGUAGAGGAAAGAGGGCAGACAAAUUGCAGCAGGAGCACAUGGCCAGGGUGUAGGUGUAGGAAACUGGUCCUGUCCUUAGUCGUUUGUUCGGCGGCGAUUCAACGAUCGCCCCUGGUCAAGGUUUGGCGGGAAGGUGGGUGCGCUCACGAGUGCGUGCCACGUAAGCGUGUACCAAUCAGCGUACGCAAACGACCACAGCAAUCUCGACUUACGUCCUCGUAUCCGUUGAUUCUGUGUGGUGGGAACAAGACCUAGUCGACGCAUCGGGGGAAAAGGCAAUUGCCUGUUGCGAAAGAUAGCGCGCGUCAUUCUGGAGACUUCUCUCUCUCUCUCUCUCUCUCUCUCUCUCUCUCUCUCUCUCUCUCUCUCUCUCUCUCUCNCUCUCUCUCUCUCUCUCUCUCUCUCUCUCUCUCUCUCUCUCUCUCUCUCUCCCUCUCUCUCUCUCUCGGGAUGAUCAAUCUGUUUGCACGUCGUACUGUCCGUCCCAUUGCAUCCGGAUUGUGUCGGGAUUGCAUCGGGAUUGUGUCAGAUCAGAUUGCGAUACAGCCAAGGGACAUAGUUAUUGGUGUAAUCAGCUCGCAGGGGCUGUUGUUUCAGGCUUUCAGGGCCGUCAUUUCGUGACUGAGUUCGAAGCAUACGGCUAUGGCUAUGGGGCGCUCAGUAAGGAGAGGAAGAGGGGGAGAGGGAGAAAGGGAAGGCGGCUCAGGUAGUUGGAGAUGGGUGGCGACCGUUCGAUUUUGCAGCUGCCGAUCUUUGUCGAGAAGUUUGUCGUCAUCAAUCCGGCUUCAAGCUCUCCUGUUGCUGGCUAUGGUAGCUGUGAGUGCUGCUGGAAAAGACUAUUACAAGAUUUUGGGAGUUCCGAGGGAUGCUAACGCAAGGGAUAUCAAAAAGGCAUUCCACAAGUUAUCUUUGAAGUAUCAUCCAGACAAAAACCAGUCAAAGUCAGCAAAGGCAAAGUUUAUGGAAAUCAGUCAAGCAUAUGAUGUUCUGUCAGACGAGAGGAAGAAACAGGUUUAUGACUCUUAUGGUGAGGAGGGAGUGAGAAAUCAGGAAGCAGGUGGGAAUGGUGCACACCCGGGUGGAGGAGGCUUUGGCGGGUUUCCCGGUGGACAGUCUGGUUUCAGUUGGGGCAGCGGAGGGAAUACAGGAUGGAAUGGAGGAAGUCAGCAGCAGCACACGUACACAUUCCAGAGCGGUGACGGAUCAUCUGGUUGGUCUUCAUUCAGUGGAGGUUUUCCGUUCGGCUCCUUCUUUGAAACUGGCAGGGAAAAGACUAGCGAGGGAGGGGGUGGCUCAAGUUUCUUUGGCAACCUCUUUGGGGGUGGAGGAGCUGGCAAAACGGAGAAGGACAAAAGUCAGGAUUGUCCAGGAGGUGAUUGUUUCCGGUUGAGAGGAAUUAAAAACUUGGAGAUUCUGAAGGAAGACACUUUUGGAGAUGUAGUGUUACAGCAGGAAAGGGUAGUCUGGUUGGUCUUCUUUUACUUCCCAAAAGCUUCUACCUUGUUACGGCGAUCGGCAAUGGAAGAGCUUGUGAAUGAUCUGCAAGGAAUGGUGAGAGUGGGAGUUCUAAGUUGCAAUUCUUCACCAAAACUGUGUGAUAAGUAUGAUGUAGUCUACCGGGCAGCAAUGGUAUUUCCUCAUGGAGCGAAGUCAAAGCCGAUUGCUUACGAGGGUGAGCUUUCACAUGUGGCCCUCAGGAAGUUUGCACUUGCUCAACUGCCAAAUUUUUCGCUACUUCUGGACAAAGAAAACCAUGAUCGCCGGCUUGGUCAGACUCCUGGAUUGGCUAAGGCUAUUCUUUUCACCAGUAAGUCUUCAACUCCUGCAAUCUGGCGGGCCCUAAGUGGUCAAUUCCGGGACCGUUUGGCGCUCUUUGAAGUGCGGGUCGGCGAUGCUCUGGCAGCUAAUCCAAUUGCAGUCAAGUACAGCAUCAAGUCGGCACCAUCUGUCGUUGGAGUUCUUCCGAAUGGGGAGGUGGUGCCAUUUGUCGGCGAGCCUGCAGUUCUACCAUUGGCCUCUUGGAUGGCCAAGCUGGAGUCCAAAGCAAUGAAAAUGAAAGGGUCCUUCAACCAGCAAACGGACACUGGCGGUGGGGAGAUUCCGUUCCUCUCCAAGGGAAACAUGGAUCACAUUUGCAAGCUCGACUCGCCUUUGUGCAUUAUUGGUGUCGUGCCCUCACAGAGGAAGGCUAAGGCAAUGAAAGAUAUGUUGCAGCAGUGCCCCAUCAGCAGCGCCACGUCACAGUGCCAGAUCAGCAGUGCCAUGUCAGCAGUGCCAUGUCACAGUGCCAGGUCACAGUGCCACGUCACAGUGCCAGAUCAGCAGUGCCAGAUCAGCAGUGCCACAUCAGCAGUGCCAGGUCACAGUGCCACGUCAGACACAGUACCACGUAAGCAGUGCCACAUUAGCAGUGCCACGUCAGACACAGUGCCACGUAAGGAGUGCCACAUCAGCAGUGCCACGUCAGACAUAGUGCCAAGUAAGCAGUGCCACAUCAGCAGUGCCACAUCAGCAGUGCCACAUCAGCAGUGCCACAUCAGCAGUGCCACAUCAGCAGUGCCACGUCAGACACAGUGCCAAGUCCGCCGCAUGGUGCAGAGCCACGAGGACGCAACUCGGGCACUCAAUGCUCGAUUGCUGGACCUGGAACAGGCUGUACCAGGACCAGCUGCUCGGGCUUCCAGCAAUGCACCCUCUAGCCGCCAACUGGAGGACCGCGUUGACCACGUAGUGGCAAUGCUCGGCGACAUCAGCACUUUCGCUGCGCCGACCACCACCAUCAGCAGUCAACUGCAUACAUUGAAGACCGAGGUCCAGCAGCUGCAGACGACGAACGCAAAUGGCAAUCCGAGGAUGUAUAAGAUGCUAACGUUCACUCUGGAGAGGUUCGACGACUACACGCAGCAGGAUCCGGUCCUCUGGUGGGAAGCAUUCACAACGCAACUCAGGAUUCUGCCCGUAGACAAGCAUGCGUACAUCGGCGCCCUAUUACUGAACUCGAAGGGCGGAUGCCAGACCUGGUUGACCCACCUGGCAACCUCCUACGGCGUCAACGUACCAGACUUGAAGGACGUAAUCACAUGGGAGGAACUGACACGAUUGUGGAAGAAGCGGUUCAUCGUCGACGAUGCGCCAGCACUCGCCAUCAACCGUUUGUUCACCAUGUCACAGGGCAACACAGCAACACGGGACUGGCUCGCGGAGUGGCAAAAGAUUGUGGCUGUGCCCAAUCUGAACUUACCAUUCGAGCAUCUACGUCUCCAGCAGGACAGUGGAGAUAACCCAGGAGCCACUCCAGCAUCAAGUGACGGAGAUCAGGUGGCUGCUGUCCAGCCGCGAAGCACCUAUAAGUCCCGCAACAAUAGGAAGGCGAAAUCUGCAUCGCAGGCCGGAAAUGGACAGCCAGGACAGUUUCCAUGGGUCAAGUUUGGCUUGACCGAGGCGGAGUACAAGGAUUAUGCUGUCCACUUGGUUCCACCGCUGGACCAACCGCUCCACGUGCAACAGUCCACCGCAUGCACGGUUUCAUCACCAUCGACAACCGAUUUGGCAACUUCACCGCAAUCUAUCGUCGGGGAUUCGAUGUCAUGGUCAAGACUUGAAGAGCUCGACCCAUUGACGUUCACGGACUUCCAGUGGAUGCCGGUUCCGUGGACCGGACGAUUGCCGAAACCGCAUUGCAACGUGCUUAUGGCACAAUUGCGGGACUACUUGCACACUGCAGUACCAGCUCCGUUGAUGGACGCCGGAGCAGAGGUUGUUAACCUUCUCGCGUACAUUGCGAAGAUCGACCGCGAGUUCAAGACGCAACGGUACGACGGCAUCGACGCACCAUUGCUAUACGUACGCAUUGAGAUCGGAGAGGCGACCUGCAGUGCCUUGAUCGAUUGCGGAGCAACUCGCAACUACAUCAGCCAGGACUUCAUGGUACGCGCCGACCUUGGCCCACGUGUCCGGAGGAAGUCCCAGCCUACGCAAGUCACGUUGGCAGACGGUCAUACACACAAGUCAAUCGACCGGUGCAUUGAUGCCGUCCCCGUGUGCUUUGCCCCUCACGCAAGUGAGGCGGUGUCCUUUGAUAUUCCGGACACCAAAUUUGACAUGAUUUUGGGCAUGUCAUGGCUGCGAAGCGAGGAUCACCCGGUGAACUUCUUCAAACGCACUGUUCACAUUCGUGAUCGGAACGGAGUAUUAGUUCCAUGCACGGUGCCCCUUCCUCAUCCUUCGAUCAGCUGCCACGUGGUAUCCGCCGCAAGUAUGCGAGCUUCCAUCAUCAGAGACGACAUCGAGGAGAUGGGGGUGUGUUUUCUCCACGCCCUCCCAUCCCAUGACGCUUCAUCGACGGACUCACCUUCGGAUCCACGCAUCACCGAGCUUCUCGACGCCUAUAGCGACGUGUUCGAAGGCCCGCACGGAGUAACGAUCAGGAACGCCGACCCUCUCCCACGCAUCGAUGAUCUUCUCGAGCGCUUGGGCGGCGCCCAGUUCUUCUCCAAGCUGGAUCUCAAGUCAGGGUACCACCAACUCGAGAUUCGCAAGGAGGACCGCUACAAGACCGCGUUUAAGACACGAUAUGGGCAUUUCGAAUGGCUGGUCAUGCCGUUUGGCCUUACGAAUGCCCCGACCACUUUCCAAGCGGCUAUGACAACGGAGUUCCGACACAUGCUGGAUCGUUACGUACUUAUCUACCUCGACGACAUCCUGGUGUACACCCGGAGUUUGGAGGAGCAUGUGGAGCACCUGCACACCGUUUUGGAGCGGCUACGACAGGCCGAGUACAAAGCCAACCGCGACAAGUGUGAAUUCGCGCGGCAGGAGCUGGAGUACUUGGGCCAUUAUGUGACGCCGCAAGGCAUCCGUCCGCUCGCGCACAAGAUCGAGGCCCUACGAGUAUGGCCCGAGCCCACCAACACCACGGACGUUCGUUCAUUCAUGGGGUUGGAGGGCUACUAUCAGCGAUUCAUCACCGGAUACUCCAGGAUUGCUUCUCCUAUGACGAGGUUACAGUCGCCAAAGGUGCCAUUCGUAUUCGAUGACGACCCACGUCGGUCAUUCCAAGCACUUAAUACGGCCAUGCUCAUGGCACCCGUCCUCAGCAUCUAUGACCCCACCUUGCCGAAGAGAGUGACUACGGACGCUUCCGGCUAUGGCAUUGGGGCAGUCUUGGAACAGCACGACGGCGACGACUGGCACCCUGUGGAGUAUUUCAGCCACAAAGUCUCGCAGAAAUCUUUUGUCAGAGCAAGCCGCUAUGCGACUCAGAAGUCCCCGAUAUCGUACGCGCUUUUGGACACAAGCACACAGCCAUCAUUUUUGUCGUCGUUUCCCGGGGUGAAAAUGCCACAUUCGUCUGGAAAUGGCCUGUUGCUGGCAUACAAGCCUCGGAGAGGAAACUUUGCGGCAUGUCAAGGACCACUCACCCUUGAGAAGGUGGAGGGAUUCAUCAACGAUGUCCUCGGUGGUGAUGCGAAGCUAACGAAGAUUCAACAGGAGCUGGUCAUCACAUGACAGAGAGUGCGGGUGAGUGUGAAACAUGAAUGAUUGUCAAUGAGUCAGUUUGGUGAAACAAGUGGCUUUCAAGACUUGCCCGCGGGAGUGACGAGUGGACUUGUCGUAUUUCGGACAGAAAUUCCACGAUCGAAAGAGGACUGUUUUGUUUAUGCUCCAACAGUUAUGGGGGAUGCAUCGGGAGGAAACUCUACAUGCCUGUUUUCCCCAUGACUUGUGAGUGAUCUUGCUGGCAGAUUGACCGAAAGUCAAAUGUGCUCUCGACGACUACGAUCCAGCAAAGGUCGUCAAUAACACCAUGAUCGCUUCAGAGCUUCGGUUCUGGGGCUCCAAGGGAACCCAUUGAAAGCACAAGUAGGUUGCACAACGUGUUUGGCACUGGCGAGUAGCUGGGUACCAUUUCUUCCUAGCUUCCCAUCGCUCGUUUAGGUGGAGUGUUCCAGAUGCCAAAGGUUGCUGCUGCACUCCUGGGCGUCCUGCUUUAAAUUUACUGUAGGACCAAUUGUAUCCAUUUUUCUUCCGCUCCUUUGUACUCAACAAUGUUAAUAAUUCAUGUCUAUAUCAUCCUCCCUUCUGUCUGGUGAAGCUGCUAGAAUGUCCAAAACCUUGGUGUCACAGCUUUUGGGGUGAUUCCUCCAUUGGCUGUGGGAAUUUCAGUGCCAUACCUUCACUUUGAGGCCACCUAAAAGUUCUUUUAGCUAAGGUUAAGAUGCGAAGGGAUGAAGGGUCAUCGUGACGAUCACUUUCGUCUUCCCCUUGUUGAUUGAGACCACCACCUUUUCUCACUUUUCAAUGGUUUGGAGCAGGUGGCUACAGAGCAUGCCCAUCUCCUUGAAGUAUGAAGUAUGAAGUCAAAGGUGGUGCUUGCGGUUGCCCUCCGUCCAUGUCCCUCUCGACGUUGACCGUUGAAAAGGUGAGGGAGGGUUAGAGGGGGUGUAUCCAGGAGAUUGAAACCUUCACCGCUUUUGAGGCUAUGACUCUAUGAGAAAGCAGCAGAGAAAGAGUGUGCGGAGAAUGGCUCAAAGCAUAGUGCAAUCACUGUAACGAUUGUAGCAAUUGCCGCGAAGAGUCGGGGGUAGAGAGGCAUGUCAAGACGGCGGCAUCAGAUAAAGAGAAAUCUGGGAUGGUGAUGUCAACAAAAGGGAAAAGGUGGGCAAGGUAUCGCAUGGCUGGUUGCCAGUUUCUUGAGAUGGAAUAGGAACACAUGCCAGUGCUGUACAGGAAUCUCCAGACUGGAUGCCAGUGAUCAUGCCAGUUCUGACGCAGGUCGAGGGCGGUCUGUGCGAUGUAAGUGUGGCUGCUUAUGACUCAGAAAGGAAUAUGUCUGUCUGCUGAAGAGCGGAAAAACAUAGAAUGGGAACGUGCAAGUAAGGUUGCGAUUGUAGAGGUUGCUGGCGGUGCUUCCAAUUACAGAGGAGAGAUACUGGCGAUGUAGUAUGUAGAUAUGCGGGGCACUUUUAGAAGGAAGCACGCCCGAAAAAGUUUUGAAGUCAUUUCAGUUAUAGAUCGUCUGGCAUGUGUGAGAGGUUAGCAUUCCUUUCCCGAAAAUGAACGGAAAGGGCAGUUGCUUUCAAGGUGCAUUAAGUGACCUCACACCUCAUGGGCGGUGGAACUGGGCAUGACGAUCCGGAAAGGAUUCAACCGCUCCCUGCGCUUUUGCUAUCACGACGAUGGUGACUGUCACAUCCUGCGCAAGCCUUAACAGAUUGUUGCAGUUACGUGUGACGGAAAACAUCAGUUGGUCAGCGUUACGAAGGAUGGGAUUUUCAGUUCUUACACAGAGGAAGAGAAGAUGCAGGGACAAGGUUGAAAAUUUGCCCCUUGAGAGGUGAUAGGAGGCUCAGGAUGAACUGCAAGCGAGAAGGUUAACUGCCUCAGGCCUCAAGCGAGAAGGUUAACUGCCUCAGGCUGCAGUCAGAUUGCACCUUUUUGGUCAGUAAAUGAACAAGGUGGAAACAAUUCAAUUCAAGUGCAAUGGAGUCAGAUUGCAGAAAGCGCACACACGGUAGUGAUGCUUGCGUUUGUGCGUCUAACAGCACAAUGAAGCGAGUCUGCCAGAUGCGCUUUUCUCUAACUUGAAAGAGGAGCGCCGCUGAGUGCAAGCAAAGCCUGUUUCUUUCUCAGGAGGAAAAUGGCAAAAGAAACAGCGACAGUAUAUUCUUUGGCGCUCCUCGUUGAUCCAAGGAAAAACAUCGGUGUGCCAUCUUCAGGUUGUCUUGAUACGCAUAUGAACCACAUUUGGGAAGGGACAGUUCAAAAUGAGGAAGCUGGUGGAGGUUAUAAUUGCACAGUUUGCGGGAACUCAGUUGAAGUCCUGAAGAAGAUGGACAAGUGUGUGUGAGAGGGUGGCUAAGAAAGCUAUUUCUUGAUGUUUUCUGUUCGGCGGUAGUACUAUGAAAUGGCUAAGGAUGUGGUCUUCUAAAAGUGAGCAGGACGAAGGAGGUAACUGCUUUGUGUUUUCGGCGUACAAGAGGACUUGUAGGUGAAACGACAUAUGGCUAUGAAGCAAACUGCCAUUGCGCAUCUUUGGUUUGAUGUACGAUGAAGAGGUGGCCUUCUGCAUCUCUUUCGUAUAAUACACAGGGAAUGGGAGUUUACACCCCAGUGUGCAGGGCUGCGAGGGUGCGCAGGUGAAUCAUCUCCAGGAGUGACAAACAAUGGGGUCAGAAGGAAGCUGACAUGCAUUUCACAAAGCUGAGGGUAGUAUUGAGCGGCCAGCAUCCCACUUGUUCACCUUUUUGUGGAAACGGUUGCCGCGGUUGGCGUAUCUAUGAUGGCGUUCCUAUGCAGCUUACCUGAUAGUUGUUCUGUCACUAAUUGUAAUCAAGUUCAUGUAACAGU